AUGCCGUGCGACGUGAGCCUAGACAUCCCUGAUGGGUUGUCGGUGCCGGAGCUGGAGGGGCUCUACAACGCGGCGCUGCGGCAAGUGGCUUCCGCGGCGGCGGCGGAGAAGCGGCGCUGCGGCGAGCGCGUGGCUCUGCUGGGCAAGGCCUUGCGGGCUGCUAAGCGCAGGUCCGAGAGGACAGAGAGGCCUGAGUGGUCGACCUACCCAGAGCUGGUUGCACUGCCGCGAUGUCCCGAGGACGCGAGGUAUGUGCAGAGCUUCGGCUUGGACGACGCGCAAGCGGUGGAUUUCUUCCAGGAGUACGGCUUCGUGGUCUUUCGGGAUGUCCUGGAUGCCCAGGAGUGUGAGGCGACCGUGGCGGAGAUUUGGGCGUCCCUGGAGGAGCGCACUCCAGGCCUGCGGCGCCAAGACAGGGAGACCUGGCACUUGCUGUCCUCGGAGCGGUAUGGGCUUCCAGAGGAGCAGGCGGUGUUCACACCACAGAUCGUGGCGAAUCGCCAGAACCCCCGGGUCUAUGCCGCGUUGGACGCCGUGUUGCCCCGCAUGCACCACAUCGAGGACUUCGACAGCCCCCAUCCGGAUCCCAACAGCGUGGUGGUGACGCAGGACAGGUGGUGCCUAUACCGACCGGGAAGAAGUGAAGAGAGCUGGCGCACAGCGGAAAACCUGCACCUGGACGUGAACCCUUGGACCUAUGCUGGGCUUAAGGCGACUGAGAUCGAGAGCCUGAGGUAUGGCUGUGCAGGAUUCGGGGACCACCGCUUCCCUUUGCAGGACUUCCGGGCCGAGCUGACUGCGGUGCAGGGGAAAGAGGGCGUGCAGCACGUGCAGGGGGUGCUGAACUUGAUCGACAACUUGGAGGAGGAUGGUGGCACGCGCUUGGUCCCGGGCUUCCAUCACUGCUUCCACGGCUGGUUGGAGGCAUUAGGAGACAUGGACCAGAACUUGGCCCAAAGCGGCCAGCAGGACAACUGGGUGCUGCGCCGUGCUGCGGGGGGCGGCAGCUUCAAGUUUUCCAACCUGGAUCCCAUCCACCAACUCUCCAGGCGCGUCCCGCUGCGGGGCGGCAGCUUUUUGCUUUGGAACCAGCUGCUGGUCCACGGCAGCUGCGCUAACCGCUCCGAGAACUUCCGGAUUGCCCAGUUCAUUACGGGAUUCCGCGCAGGGGAGAUGACCCCGGGCAGAUCCUGGGCCCGCGCCCGCGCGGUGCGGCGCCUCUGCGGCGCCCUGCCGCGGCAGAAGUUGGCGCCCCACGUCUUCGGAGAGGCCGAGGAGGCGGACGAGCCAAGGCCGGAGCCGGAGCGCGAGCUUGGCGCGCGGGACCGCCAGAGCUGGGCCUGCGAGGUGGUGCUGCAAAGCCCCGGCGAGCCUGAGGCGGUGCUGCAGGCCUUUGAGGAUUUCCACGUCCAGUGUCGGCCGCUGCUGCAGGUGGGCCCUGUGAAGGGCCGGCACCUGGACGCCGCGGUGCGCCGCAGAAGGCCCAGGCGCUGCCUGGAGCUCGGCAGCUUCCUGGGCUACUCCGCCGUGCGCAUUGCUCGACUCCUGGACGAUGGUGCUUUCUUGUACACCAUCGAGCAAGACGCUGACAACGCGGCUCGCACCGCUGCAACUCUCGAGCACGCUGGGCUUACGGGCAAGGCCACAGCGCUGUGUGGCACCUUGCAGACGCUGCAGUGCCAGCUGGAGGGUCCCUUUGAGCUCAUUUUCCUGGACCACUCCAAGGCGCUGUACCUCGAUGAGAUCCAACACCUGGAGGCGCUGGGCUUCAUCGAAGAUGGCACCACGGUGGUUGCGGACAACAUCGGCGGCUGCAACCGGGGGGACUGCCGUCGGGUGAGUUGCGGUUGCGCCUAUGCGAGAUAUGUGCGAAGCUCCGGGCGCUAUGUCUCGGAGUUCUUCUGGGGCUCUCGGGAUGGCAUCGAGGUCUCCGUGGCUCAAGGGAGAGGUUGCCAGGCGACGCGCUCCGCCGACUCGGGCUGCCGCUCAGCUUUUGCCUGACGACAGCUCCG